AUGGCAAGAUACCUUGGCCUACCUCCGAGCGACAAGGCCAAAAGAACCUUCUGCAUAGACGAGAAUGCAAUUGUGGUGAGAGUUGCACUGGAGCUGGUAAAAAAGGGAUGGAAGCCGACAGCUACCGCUUGGCGAGAGUCUGUCAUGGGACCGACGUCCUUCCUGCUUCCCAGACGCGGGGAUUUUCCUGAAGCUGAGCGAGGGUCCAAGCGCAGCUUCCAGGAAGUGGAGGCGGGCUUCCCCACACCGAUGCAGACUGGGCCUCCUGGCAAGAUCAUCGGUGCCACAGCCAAGGCUGCCGCCAAGGCUGCCGCUAAGGCUGCCGCCAAAUCUCUCGCCCAGGUUGUGAUUCCUCCUUGGCAGAGGCCGCAGCCCCUUCCAAAGGGUCCGUCCAUUCCGGCCAUGUCCUUCGAAGCAGUUGACUGA